GCAUCGAAGGCGUCUGCCUCAGCCCAUCCCAGUGAGGACGUGCCCAAGUUUUUGGCCGAGUUCAAGACCAAGGAGUGCCCAAAAAAGGAAAGACACGACUGGAAGCAAUGUGAAUACUUCCACCAGGCCAAGGAUCGGCGGCGCAAUCCCUACACAGAUCCUUACUUGCCUGAAGACGAGUGGAACGUGACUGGCGUGGAGAAGGCAUAUCAUCCAGUCAUCUUCCGUACACAGCUCUGCGAGAGCCUUGCCAGGGGGGCAAAGAUCUGUCAGUAUGGGAGUUGCUGUGCCUUCGCACAUGCCCCGGAGCAGCUAAGAGAAGAUCCGAGCGUACAACAUGAAAGGUACACGGAGCAGUUUGCUGAUCAGCUCUUUCCGAAGGUGCAAAGGAAGACUUUGCAAGACUACGUGGGCACGGCUCCGCCUUCUGCAGCUCCGUUAAGUAUCCGCAAGGUGGAAUCAGUGGUCCCACUCCUGUCGCGCCCCUCGGGUCAGCAGACACAGGGCCUUCUCCUGAAACCCCACGAAGUCUGGCUGUUGGAGAAGUCCGACAAGUUUUGGAAAGGCUUGUAUAAUGCGGCAGUCGACAAGCUUUGUACCGUCGAGAUGUGCGAAGACUCCGGUGGCCAGAGUUGUUUGGAGAUCCGCGGUGCGAAGGCUGCAGAAGUCGUGAAGACAAUGGGCACCAAGCUUCGACCCGUGCCAAAGGACGUGGCCAGCAUCGACAAGCGCGAGUAUGCAGAGCGCACGCUGCAGAAGUUAGAGGUGCGAAUUGACACCGGUCCUGAGCACGCUGCGCAAGUCUGCGUUGUGAAGUCGAUGGGCUCCAGGACUGAAGCCAAAGACGUUCUCGACAGAAUCCACAGCUGGCUGACUUACAAUGGGUUCGCCACGGUGGUGCAAUGCCAGAGCUGUUGUGACCCUUUCUUUGAAAAAGAAGGCAUGCGAUGUCCAAACGGCCACUUUCUCUGUGCACCCAGAGAGCGCACAGAGCCGCCGUCCAGUUGCUUGGAGGAUGAGCUGGACCGGAGGAAGUUGGCACAGAAGUGCUCACCGGCAGUCUGGACAGAACUGCACGAAACUCUGGUGGAUGCUCAGGUCUCGAAGCAGGUCCAGAAGCUGCAGCAUGAGUUCGAUGAGCGCUUACAGCGAGAGGUUGAUAAGCUCAUGGCUUCAUACGGCAACGAAGAUGAGCAGAUCCGCCGACAAGCUGCCACCUUUGCAUCUAAGGCACGCAACGAAGCCCUGAGUCUUACCUGCCCAAACAAGGAAUGCCAGCAAGUUUAUGUGGACUUUGAAGGAUGCAUGGCAUUGGAGUGUGGCCGAUGCAGACAGAACUUUUGUGGUUACUGCCACAAGCCGACAGCCACUUCGAGGGGCGCUCAUGAGCAUGUCCGGGAGUGCGAGGCCAACCUCACCGAGAACGGCAGCUACUAUGCUGAUGAGCGUAUUAUUAGAGAAGCCCAAAGGAGAUACCGCAUCAAGCGCUUGAAGCAAUUUUUCCAGAGCAACAAGUUCAACCAGCGCCUCCGAAAUGCUGUUGUCAUCGAGCUGAACAAAGACUUGGAUGAUCUCGGCAUCGACCCCGCCGCUCUUUUCGAUUUUGGCAACUUGCAGCAAGCGUAG